AUGUCAUUGGAAGCACUUUCUUCUUGUUUGGAGCUUUCCCUUCAACCACAGCAUGCCAAGCAGGCAGAAUCACAAUUGAAGUCUCAAGAAUCUAGUCCUGGGUUCCCGAUUACUCUUCUCCAAGUAAUCUCAUCGAAAAAUCUUCAGCUUCCAAUUCGUCAAGCCGGAGCGGUAUUCUUCAAGAACUUGAUUCGUAGGAAAUGGAGUAACGAAGACGGACAGCAUUUAUUCACACCCGCAGAUGUAGCGUACGUUAAGACUGAAAUUGUAAAUAUCAUGAUUCAAUUGCCUAAUAACUUGCAAAUCCAAUUGGGGGAGUCCAUUUCAAUCAUUGCAGAGUCAGACUUCCCUCAUCAAUGGGAAGGUUUAAUCGAUGAAUUGGUAGGCAAAUUGUCACCCACUGACUUUUUAGCAAACAAGGCCAUUUUGAUUGUAGCUCAUCUGAUCUUCAAGAAAUGGAGACCGCUCUUCAGAUCUGACGAAUUGUUCUUAGAGAUUAAGCAUGUUUUGGAUAAGUUUGCAGAACCAUUCUUGCAAUUGUUGACCAAAGUUGAUCAUAAUAUUGAUGAGGCACUUGCAAAGGGAGACAAGGCUUCUUUGAUUAUUUACUUGGACAAUUUACUAUUACUCAUUCAGAUCUACUAUGACUUGAAUUGUCAAGACAUUCCCGAAUUCUUUGAAGAUAACAUGAACAGAGGGAUGGCUAUUAUGCACAAGUACUUGACUUUACAAACCAAGUUGGUGACGGACCCUAACGAUGACGAUGAGGUUGACGUGUUGAUCAAGAUCAAGACUUCAAUCGUUGAGUUGAUUUCAUUGUACAUAAGUAGGUACGCAGAUAUAUUCGAGCCAUUAAUUGAGAGUUUCAUCACUACGGUCUGGAAUAUGUUGAUUGGGCAGGGGGAUGAUGUUUACGUGACAAAGCAGCCUAAGUUUGAUUUAUGCGUGGUAAAGUCUUUGCUGUUUUUGACAUCGGUAACCAAAAUGGCCACCUACUCUGGUUUAUUUAACAAUGAAUCUUCCAUCAAAGAGAUCAUCGAGAAGAUUAUCUUACCUAAUAUUUAUUUUAGAGAAGUUGAUGAGGAAUUGUUUGAAGAUGAACCAAUCCAGUAUGUGAGAAGCGAUUUAGAGGGUUCCGAUUUUGAUACUAGAAGAAAAUCUGCAACUGAUUUCCUCAGAGAGUUGAAGGAUGUCAAUUCCGAAUUGGUUACAAAUACUGUAAUGACUUACGUAAAUCAAUUCUUACAAGCCAAUGAAGCUGAUUGGAAGAACAAGGAUAUCGCUAUAUACCUUUUCUCAUCUCUUGCUGCAAAGGGUUCAGUUACCAAUGUUGGAGUCACAUCGACGAACGUGUUGGUUGACGUGGUUAAGUUCUUUAGUGAGAACAUCGCCAAGUAUUUGAUUAACUCUACAAAUGAUACACAUCCGAUUUUAAAAUCUGAUGCAAUCAAAUACAUUUUCACAUUCAGAAACCAAUUGACAAAGGAGCAACUUGUUCAAAUCUUCCCGAUGUUAUUCUCUCACUUACAAGAGACCAACACUGUGGUGUAUACUUUCACAGCGAUUACCAUAGAAAAAUUGUUAUCAAUGACUAGCUUUACAGAUAUAAACCACUCACCUGUUUUCACCAGUUCCGAUAUUCAACCAUUUGCACAAGACUUACUUACUCAUCUUUUUCAAUUGAUAUUACAAAACUCUUCAGCACCAGAGAAAUUAUCUGAAAAUGAGUUUCUAAUUAAGUGUAUCAUGAGAGUUUUAAUAACUGCUGAGAGCGAGGCCAUUACUGCGGAAUUCAGAUUGAGCCUUAUUGAACAACUUCUAAAGAUGAUAUCAAUUAUUUCAACAAAUCCAUCUAACCCGAAGUUUUCUCACUAUGUUUUUGAAAGUUUGGGUCUUUUAAUAAAAUACAGCAAUAAAUCUAACAUUUCAAAUCUUAUUCAAGUCAUCUUACCUUCCUUGUUAACUAUCUUGGGUAAUGACGUGCAAGAGUUUGUUCCUUAUACAUUCCAAAUAUUGGCGUUUAUGCUUGAAGAACUUCCAAGUUCGGAGCCAUUACCAGAAUCGUACACCCAGCUCAUAAAACCAUUGUUAUCCCCUAGUGUCUGGGAAUUCAGAGGAAAUAUCCCCGGAAUUACCAGAUUACUCAUUGCUAUAUUGAAGCAAGAUCCUCAAGUCUUUGUUGAAACUGAGCAGAGUUUAACGCCGUUAUUGGGUGUUUUCCAAAAGCUUAUUGCAUCCAAAGUAAAUGACGUGUAUGGAUUUGAACUUUUGGAGGCCAUUUUCUUAUACAUACCAUUGAACUUUUUGAAUACCUACGUAAAGCAAAUUGCAGUUGUUCUUCUUACCAGACUAAAGGCUUCGAGAACUGAAAAAUAUGUGAAGAGGUUUGUUGUAUUUAUCUUCAGCUUGACCUGUAUCCCACUUAACCCUGAAUUGAAUCAAAGAACACAUGGUUUAGUAAAUAGUGACUUCGUCAUAAACUUCAUUGACUCGGUUCAGGAUGGUGGGUUAUUUGCGCAAAUAUUCAACUCGUUCAUCCUUCCAACCACGGCAUCAUUUGCCAAUUUGCAAGAUAGAAAGAUUGCAACUUUGGGAUUACUGGAAAUUAUUCAUAGUAGCCACUUCACAUCUACAUAUGGCCAACUUUUGGUACCUACUGUUGAGCAAUUAUUGACUAAUGUCAAGGCAUUGGGAGGUAUUCAAAGAGAAGUGUCCUUGGCAGCAAACGGCGCAACGGUAAUGGGCGGUGCAGCCUCUGUUUCGACGUUCAACGAAUUGGACUUAGAAAGUUCUGCAUUUGGUUCGACGUUCUCUAAGAUCAUCUCCAUCCUGCCUAAGCCUUUCGACCCUUUGCCAGAAAUUAAGGGCAACGACCAAGCUACCAUAAAACAAGCCGUCUUAACCAACUUAAAGAGAUUGGGUCAAGACGGAAUAUUUUCUCAACUUUCGGUUGAGAAUCAACAAGUGUUGAAGGAACUCGGUCUCUAG